GAAAGAGCAAAUGGGUAGGAGCUUGGAGAAGGAGGAGAAGGUGUUUGAUCUCUCCCUCAUCUAGAGCAAAGAAGUAAAGAUACAGAGUAGAGCAGAAAGAGCAAAUGGGUAGGAGCCCAUGGAGAAGGAGGAGAAGGUGUUUGAUCUCUCCCUCAUCUAGAGCAAAGAAGUAAAGAUACAGAGUAGAGCAGAAAGAGCAAAUGGGUAGGAGCCCAUGUUGUGCCAAAGUGGGACUCAACAGAGGUCCGUGGUCAGCUCAAGAGGAUAGAGUACUUACUAGCUACAUUAAAACCCAUGGAGAAGGGAAAUGGAGAGACCUCCCUCAAAAAGCAGGUUUAAGGAGAUGCGGGAAGAGUUGCAGACUUCGAUGGUUGAACUAUCUGAGGCCAGACAUUAAGAGAGGCAACAUUUCCCAGGAAGAAGAGGAGCUUAUGAUCAAGCUUCAUAAGUUACUUGGUAACAGAUGGUCUCUGAUAGCGGGAAGGCUACCAGGGCGGACAGACAAUGAGAUCAAGAAUUACUGGAACACCUACUUGAGCAAGAAAUUUCAAGGCAAGACAGCACAAAUCCAACUCAAUAAAACUAAAAAUAAGAACACUAAAGAGGUUCCUCAAGCAAAGACACUAGAGAGAACCCAGGUCAUUCGAACUAGAGCAGUAAGGUGCACCAAGGUUGUUCUCCCAUUGCAAGAAGGAAAUAUACAUAUGAACACAAAUAAUCUUGAGCUUGCAUCGGAUGGAAAGAGCUCAGCAUCUUCAUCCACCCAAAGAUUCAUGGAUGACUCUUCGAAUUUUCUCAUGGAUUUUGACAUUGGUGAGCUUUUCAUUUCUGAUGUUCUCAACUCAGAUGUCUUCCAAGCUUGUUGUGAUGGGAUACAGACUACUGAUAAUAAAGGUGGGAAUAAUUCAUCUUCCUCCUCUGAUAAUCUCUUUUCAGUGCAAGAAUAUAAUCUCUUUUCGGUGCAAGAAAUGCUCCAAGAUUCAUCAAACCAAGCAUUGUUUGAACCCAAUGAAGCAUUGGAGCUCCAGAAGCUGUGUUCCUUUCUUGAUUCUGAAGACGAAUGGAUUAAAAAUCAAUGAAGGCUAGAAGACUACCCUUAUGCAAUGCUAUACAUAUUUUAUUUUGCAUAAGAGAUGAACUAUAUAUAAUUCCUGUAUUCCAUGUUUCUACCUCUCUCGUUUGUGGAUUCUAUUGAUGAAUAACUUCAAAUCCCUUCCAAGGGAGGGAUCAGUUCCCAUGCAUGUGGAGAGAAGAAUUACCUCCUUACAUGAGAUCCCACCGUCCAAGAAACAUUUGGGGAUCACGACUCAGAGCAACUAUAUGACCUUUCUCUAUAUUGUAAGCUACAAUGUAUGAGAUUAAGGAUUUGUUAAUAGUUCCUUUGUGUAGCAUUUUAGUAAUAAAGAGCUUGUGAAGGUGGUGCA